AUAAAGUGAUUCAGUUCAGUUCGGUCACCCGUUCGUGAACGAUACAACACACUACCUUGAAAUGAUCAUGUAAUUCCUGGUUCGCUUAGAGAGUGUUUCCACGUUUCUACACUGGAACUGUGUGACCAUGAGAGUAUUAAUAGGAGGAGGAUCUGGCUUUGUGGGCCAAGAGCUGACUCGCUUGCUCAGGAGCAAAGGUCACGAGAUCACAGUGAUAUCUCGUCAACCUGGUCCAGGGAAAAUAACAUGGGGUGAGUUGGAGUCCAGUGGCCUCCCACCAUGUGAGGGCGCCGUAAACUUGGCAGGAGAGAAUCUCAUGAACCCUCUGCGAUGGUGGAACGAAAGCUAUAAAAAAGAUUUGUUCUCCAGUCGCAUUGACACAACAAAAGCUCUGGCUCAAGCCAUCGCUGCUUCUCACAGUCCUCCGCGCUCGUGGGUGCUGGUGUCAGGUGUAGCUUGUUACAAACCCAGUCUGACAGCUCAGUACACCGAAGACAGUGAAUGGACACCGUUCGAUCUGCUCUCCAAACUUGUUAAGGAGUGGGAGGCGUCUGCGCUUUUGCCUGAGGAUGUGGCAAAAACCACCAGACAAGUCAUCAUCAGGCCUGGGGCAGUGCUGGGCCGUGAUGGCGGUGCCAUGAAGCAAAUGCUGCUGCCCUUCUGGCUCGGCCUCGGGGGCACGCUGGGAUCAGGAAGUCAGCCGUUUCCUUGGAUCCACGUCUCUGACCUGGCAGGAAUCAUCGCUCAAGCCCUGGAGCCCUCGACUGACUCCGCCCCUGCUUCACCACAAGUGUUUAACGGCGUCGCACCUGCGCUCAACACCAACUACGAGUUCACCAAAGAGCUGGGCCGGAUUCUGGGGCGGCCCACCGUUCUGCCUGUGCCAGGCUUUGUAAUGAACGCACUGAUGGGCUCCGAGAGGGCGGUCGUCCUCACGCAGGGACAGAAGGUCGUACCAAAGAAGACUUUAGAGGCUGGAUUUCAGUACAAGUACCCAGACCUGACCUCAGCACUGAAUGAGAUUGUGAAAACUUGACAUUCUAUUCGGUAAAAUCCAUUAAAUUAUUUCUGUAAAUGUGUUUUCUUCUACACUUUCUCUGGAUACAGGUCUGCACUGGAGACAACCUCCUAUGCUGCAAAGACACCAACAUUGUUUUCUACAGCCAUAGAGUGAUUGACCUUAAGUCAGUACAGACGUAAGCAACAGCAACACUUGGUGUUGAAUUAUGACUGAGAACAAAGCAAAAAACCUGGUUCUCUAGUUUGAUGAAAUGUAUGCCCCAUGUCCUUGUCUCAUCUUCAGGACGCAUCAUAAUAAAGCAAUAAAACAAAAUAAAAAGA